UGGUUCGCUUCAGAAAUUAUCUCGCAGAGUCUUAGCAUGCUCUGUUAAAAAGAAACUUUGAAAUUCACAGUUGAGGGGAAGAAAAUGUCUUGCUGCAAUGGAAACUGUGGGUGUGGCUCUGGCUGCAAAUGCGGCAGUGGCUGCGGUGGAUGUGGUAAGUACCCUGACUUGGGCUACUCUGAGGCUACAACCACUGAAACCCUUGUUCUUGGAGUUGCUCCCCACAACAAAUACUUUGAGGGUUCCGAGUCUGAAUUUGGGGUGACAGCUGCUGAGAACGGCUGCAAGUGCGGAACCAAUUGCACUUGCGAUCCAUGUAACUGCAAAUGAGCGGUGGUAAGACUUGAAGCAGAGAAGAAGAUAAUGGUUUUCUAGAAAUAGUUUGUGGCUGUGUUUACAAGGAACGGAUCAUUAUUAAGCUAUCGUGUUGUGCAAUAAACUAGCCAUACGGGGUCAUAUAUGUAUUUGCUUCUUGUUUGUGGAAAUUAAGGUAGUAGUGUAAUAUGAAUGCCAAUCUCUGCUUAUCAAUUGUCUAAUUAAUGUAAUUUUGUUAAAUUAAUGGAAACUCCCAUGGCUUGGGCAUCGAUGGAUC